AAAAUGAAAUGACAUAAGGAUACAAAAUUAUCAAUAUAAAUAUUUUGCAUCUAAAUUAUUUUUUGGAACAUAGUCAACUGUUCACUUGACACAGCUGACACAUCUCCACAUUCACAUUUCCCUGGAGAUUUCCUGACCAUGCUAUUUGCGAGGUACUACCUGGAGUGACUAUUAUGGCCAAUCCAGAUCCAAAUCAGGAGCGCAAGGACAAACGCAUCGUAAGGGAUGGGGAGCGUGGCAAAUGGAAGACGAAGCACGAGUUCAUCCUAUCGCUCCUGGGCUAUGCCAUUGGCAUCGGAAAUGUCUGGCGAUUCCCAUAUCUUUGCUAUCGAAGUGGCGGCGCUGCCUUUCUGAUACCCUACAUGCUGAUGGUCAUUGUGGCCGGCGUGCCUCUGUUCUACCUUGAACUGCUAAUCGGUCAAUUCUCCGGCACCGGAUGCACGGGCAUGUUCCGGCUAGCCCCCCUCUUCCGGGGAGCCGGAAUCGCCCAGGUCAUCGUGAAUGUCUACUGUGUGUGCUACUAUUCGGUGCUAAUCUCGUAUCCCAUUCGCAUGAUCUCCUACUGCUUCUUCAAGAAGGUGCCGUGGCAGGAUUGCAAUAAUCCCUGGAACACACCGCAUUGUGUCAGCAUGCAAGGGGCGGGGCCCCAAAACCAAACGUAUUUCCAGACUCCGUCGGAUGAGUUCUUCAAUCUGGAAGUGCUAAGGCUAUCGACGGGCAUCGCUGAUCUGGGCGGGAUGGUGUGGCCACAGUGGAUAAGUCUGAUAAUAACCUGGCUCAUUGUCUAUGCAUGCCUGGCCGGCGGUAUCAAAACUGUAGGAAAAGUCGUGUACUUCACCGUUCCCUUUCCCUAUCUGCUGCUCCUGAUUCUGUUCUGUAGAGGGGUUACCCUGCCCGGCUCCUGGAUGGGCAUCAAGUUCUUUUUGUAUCCCGAAUGGAAACGCUUGCUGGACCUCAAGGUCUGGACGGAUGCCGCAAUCCAGAUGUUCUUUGGCAUGGGACCCGGCUGGGGCGGACUUAUCAACAUGGCCAGCUUCAGUGACUUCCGCAACAAGGCCAAGUGCGAUACGUAUCUCAUAAUUGCAAUUAAUAUCUUCACCAGUAUCUUUGCCGGCUUGGUGGUCUUCUCGGUGCUGGGCUUCCUCUCGUACAAGUCGGGCGUACCCGUGGCAGAUGUGGCCACAGGUGGAGCGGGUCUGGCCUUUGUCACCUAUCCGGAGGCCAUAACCAGGAUGCCUGUCCCACAGCUCUGGGGGCUGCUGUUCUACGUGAUGCUCUUCCUGCUGGGCAUUGACUCCCUCUUUGUUCAACUGGAGGCCGUUACGACCUCCAUUCUGGACGAGUUGCGGUGUUUGAGGAAGUACAAGUAUUUGCUGACGAUGUUCGCCUGCCUGAUCUUAUUCCUGAGCGCCACUAUAAUGUGCACCAAUGGCGGCAUGUUCAUUGUCCAGCUGUUCGAUUGGUACUCCUCGCCCCUGUCGGUGUGCGCCAUCUGCUUCGUGGAAAUCAUAAUGGUGUCCUGGGUGUAUGGCGUCAAGAAUUUUAUGCUAGACGUGGAGUUUAUGCUCGGCAAGAGACCCGGUCUUUAUUGGAGGAUUCUGUGGCAGUGGGUAACUCCUAUGGUUCUUAUCUUCAUAUUUGUAAUGACCGCUGUAUUCAUGAGGACCAUUACGUAUAACAAUAUUUCGUAUCCAACGUGGGCCGUUGCCUUGGGCUGGGCCAUUUGCGUGUCCUCCGUGAUGUUCAUACCGCUCUACAUGGUGUACAUCAUGAUCCGGAAGCGGGCCACGUUGUGCAGCAGCCUGAAGAGACGCCUCAAGCCGAUGGACUGGACGCCGGCGGAUCCGGAUGAUCGGGCUGCAUACGAGGCCUUUCGACGCCAGCACAAUAUGCCAGACUUUAUGUCCGAGAGCGACACUGGCUUCCGCAAAUAGCUUUAUGGUUUUUCGGUACAAGCUCUUACAAUAUGUGUGAAUAUAUAUUUGUAGAACAUGUAUCUCAAAAAUUGUACAGCCAAUAAAGAGUAUUUGCAACUUUCA